AAAUGUUGAUUAUAUUAACGCUAAAGGAUCUUUUGUAGAUGAACAUACUAUAACUGCUGUGGGAGAUAAGAUAAAUAAAAAGUUAACUGCCCAUAACUUUGUUAUAGCAGUUGGAGGAAGACCAAAUUAUCCAGACAUUAAAGGUGCUAAAGAAUAUGGAAUUACAAGUGAUGAUAUAUUCUUAUUAAAAAAACCUCCUGGUAAAACCCUUUUCCUUUCUGUAUCUUAUGUGGCAUUAGAAUGUGCAGGAUUUCUUACUGGCUUAAAUUUCGAUACAACACUGCUUGUGAGAUCUAUUUUCUUAAGAGGUUUUGAUCAGGAAAUGGCACAACUUGUUGCUGAUAAUAUGAAAUCUAAAGGAACACACAUUUUUCAAUAUUAUAACAUAAAAAAAAUUAACAAGCUUGAAAAUUCAAAAUUAGAAGUUUUGUGGCAAGAUAAAGAUGGAAAAGAAGGAAAAGAUACAUUUGAUACAGUUCUUUUUGCAACUGGACGAAAAGCACAGACUGAUAAUCUGAAUCUUGAAAAAAUAGGAGUAAAAGUAGACAAGGAAAGCAGAAAGAUUAUAGGAGAAAAUGAGCAAUCAUCAAUUCAUAACAUUUAUGCUAUUGGUGAUUGCUUGAAAGAUAAACCUGAGUUAACUCCUGUUGCAAUUAAAGCUGGAAGAUUACUUGCUCAAAGAUUAUUUAGUAAUUCAACCAUUCAAAUGGAUUAUAAUAAUGUGCCAACAACUGUUUUUACACCUUUAGAAUAUGGUUGUGUUGGUUUUUCAGAAGAAACAGCUGUUAAAUUACAUAAAGAGAAGAAAAUUGAAAUAUAUCAUGCUUUUUACAAACCAUUGGAAAGCGUAGUGACAGGAGAGGAAACAUCUCAUUGUUAUAUUAAAGUAAGUAUUUUAGACUGACUGAUGUAAUCAUUUACCUAAGAGAAGUAACUGUUAAGUACUUCUCUUAGGUAACAAAAACACUUAAAAAUUAGCUUUUAAAUUAAU